AUGCAUUGGCACUUCUCUCUCCUGGCAGCUGCUGCGGGCUGCGUCGUGCAGCCUGUUUUUGGUGUGCCUCACCAAGCUCAGCAAGGAACAUGCAAAAAGACCAAAGUCGCAAUUCUGGGAGGUGGUGUUGCCGGAAUCACUGCUGCGCAAGCAUUGACCAACGCGUCCGUACAUGAUUUCACGAUCAUCGAAUACCGCGAUACCAUUGGAGGUCGAGCUUGGCAUAAACCAUUCGGCAAAGAUAAAGAUGGCAAGCCGUAUAACAUUGAAAUGGGUGCCAAUUGGGUCCAAGGUCUUGGGAAUCCAGGAGGAGCGCAAAACCCAAUCUGGGUCUUGGUGGGUCUCAGAAAUAUCUUCGGUCGAACACAAGCUUACUUCAAACAGGCUCAAAAAUACGGGCUGAAGACCCACUACUCAAAUUAUGAUAACGUAUCCACUUACAACAAGGAUGGUUACUCUGAUUAUAGCCACCUGCUCGAUCUCUACGAGGAUGCAUAUGACGUUGCUAGUCAGAACGCUGGUGAAAUUCUCACGCAGAAUCUCCAAGACCAGAAUGCGAAAUCGGGCCUUGCUCUGGCGGGUUGGAAUCCAAAGCCAUUUGAUAUGGAAGCGCAAGCUGUUGACUGGUGGUCAUGGGGAAAGCAAGCCUGCUUGAAAACUGCGUGCUGCGAUAACUUGACCUCAAAUUAUUUCAGUGAUCACGAUAACUUCGUGCUUGAUCAACGCGGUUUCAACAUCAUAUUCAAGAAGAUGGCCUCAAAUUUCUUGCGCAAGAAUGACCCACGUCUUCUUCUGAACACUCAGGUCACCAACAUCACCUAUACGGACGACGGUGUGACUGUCCUCAACAAGGACGGCAGCUGUGUCGAAGCAGAUUAUGCAAUCGUCACAUUCUCACUGGGUGUUUUGCAAAACGACGCAGUCCAGUUCUCGCCCAAGCUUCCCGACUGGAAGCAGGAGGCCAUCCAGAAGUUUACCAUGGGAACCUACACCAAGAUCUUCUUCCAGUUCAACGAGACCUUCUGGCCCUCAGAGACUCAAUAUCACCUGUACGCUGACCCAGUCACCCGCGGCUGGUACCCGAUCUGGCAGUCCCUCUCCACCCCGGGAUUCCUCCCAGAUUCCAACAUCAUCUUUGUGACCGUCACCAACGAGUUCGCCUACCGUGCCGAACGCCAGACAGACGAAGAAACCAAAAAGGAAGCCAUGGAAGUUCUGCGCAAAAUGUUCCCGGAGAAAGAGAUCCCCGAGCCAACUGCUUUCAUGUACCCACGCUGGACCCAAGAACCCUGGGCCUACGGUAGUUAUUCCAACUGGCCUCCCGCGACGUCUCUGGAAAUGCAUCAAAACUUGCGUGCCAACGCUGGUCGAGUUUGGUUUGCCGGUGAGGCCACCAGCCCGACCUUCUUUGGUUUCUUGCACGGUGCAUACUUCGAGGGUCUGGAUGCUGGUCGACAAAUUGCGGCUAUUAUGCAGAACCGAUGCGUCAAUGCCAACUCUACUAAGUUGAGGGAAUGUGGACCUCGCAAGCAUUACGAGACCCUGCAUGGCACUUCGCCUUACUCGGACUAUACUAUUCUCAAUGGCUGGGCGGUGGAUAGUUUCAUUGAUACUAACAGCGACUAA